AUGCAGAAUCAUUAUUAUACAACAACUGGAACCCCUCAAAGACCACCAUUAGGUUCCGAUAUGAAUUAUCUUUAUUUAAGUCCAUCGCAACAACAAGUAAAUCGUCAAGGAAUAUUUCUUAAACGAAGUGAAAAAAUUGAUUGGCGUCGAAUUGCUGCAGUUGAUGUUGAUCGUAUUGCACGUGAUAUGGAUUUUCAAGCAUUACAAGAUAACCUUGAAAAUAUAACAUUAUGUAAUAUUGAUGCUGAAGUUGAUUCACGAGCUAUGGAUCCAAAUUUUGUUAAACUUUAUAAAAUGGCUCAAUUAACAAUUGAAUAUCUUUUGGUUUGCCAAGAUGAAAUCACAACUCAAUUAACUGAUUAUGAACAAUUAAAAAGUAAAGGUUUUCAUGAUCAUGAAGAUGCUCGUCAACAAAUUGAAAAAUUAAAAAAUGAAUUAAAUGAAACAAAAAAAGAAUUGAAAAAACGACGAAAAAUGCUCGAAACACAACAAAGAAUGUUAAUGGCACAAAAUUCAAAUUAUCAUACCUGUCCAGUUUGUACACAUGCAUUUUUAAGUAUUGCUUAUUUACAAGCACAUAUAAAACGUCGUCAUCCAGAUUAUGAUCCAAGUAAACGACGUGAACAUGAUAUUGAUGUUGAAAAAGAAAUUCAAUGUCUUAAAGAUGAAUUAAAUAAAAAAGACACUGAAUUACAAAUGAUUAAAGUUCAAAAAGCAGUUGAUGAAGAAAAAAUUCGUGAUCGCGAUACAAAUAUUCGUCAACUUAAAGAAGAAAUUCAAACAUUAACAACAAAAAUGACAAUAUUAGAUGACAGACUCUCGCAAAUGAGAACAAAUCCUUAUACACAAUCAUCUUCACCUCAUCGAAACGAAACUGGUUUUUCAGAAUUACUAAAAGAAAAUAAUAAUUUACGUGCUGAUAUUGAACAAUUUAAACAAUCACUUCAACAAGCAGAAAAUAAUUUAAAACAAGAAGUAAAAUUUAAACGACGUUAUGAACGUGAAAAUGAAAAUCUUAUUAAAGAAAUAACAAAUCUAAAAGAAAAUCUUCAAUUACUUCAAAAAGCACCAGGUGAUACAGGUCGUUUAACAAAAGAAUUAAUUAAUUUUCAAAAUCGAUAUAAUGAAGAAAAAUUACGUCGUGAAAAAUUAGAAGAAGAACUUCAAAAAGCUAAUGAUCAAUUAGGUCAAUUUCCAAAUCAACGACCAUCAACACAAAUAGAACGUCCUGGUGAACCACCAUUUCCAACUCGACCAUCUCGACCAAUACCAACAACAGAUAUAUAUUUACCUGAAUAUUGUCCAAGUCUUGUUGAACGAUUAAAAGAUAAUCCAAAAGUUUUAACAAAAUAUCGUGAUGAAGCACGAAGACAAUUUGUUGAAGAACUUGAAGAUUAUGAAAAUUUAGGAAUUUCUGAUACUGAUACUCGUCUUACGGAUCUUGAUUUUCGAACUAAAAUGGAAAGUGUUUUACAAACACGACGUAAUAUUCAAAAUGAUUUACCUAAUUUUGAACGUAUUCGUGCUAAUCUAACUCGAAUAUUAGAUAAAAAUAUUAAUGAACGAUCUGAUGUACGACGUAGUAUUACAUCUAUACGUUCAACUGGUAGUAAAUUAGUUACAUUUGAAGACGAACAUCAACGAUCAAAAUAUGAUAAUAUAAAAAAAAAUUUAACUGAUCAACGUGGUGCUGUAACAACAACAAUUCAAUCAAAACCAAAAUAUGAUCAUAGUCGUCCAACAAUAAAAAAUGAAUCAGAUGAUGAUAUUACAAUAUCAAAUGCAAAUGAAAGUGAUGAUGAUACACAACCAACACGACCAGGAAUUACAUCUGAUAUUCAACCACCACCAAGAAAACAUGUUCCACCAUCUAAAACACAAAAUGGUAUUAGUUCAUUAGUUGCAGUAAGUAUGAGACCAACAACAACUACAAAUCAAACAACAACUAUAUCUGCUCGUCCUCGUCAACAAAUAGUUAAACCAAUAUCAACAACAACAAACAAAUCGAAUUCAGAUAGUGAAAGUGAAAAUGCAGUACCAUCUCCAUCAACAGCUGGACCUUAUUCAAUGAAUGUAACUGAAAAAAAACGUCUUAUUGAACAAAAAUUACAUGAAGCUAGUAAGAAAGGAGAGAAACCAACUAUUAAUGCUAUUGCACAAGGAUUUCGACCGUCUCGAGAAUCACUUGCUACUCAACACGAUGAUGAUGAUAAUGAUCAAAGUGAAUCAUUUACAACUUUACAUACAAAUCCUGCACAAAAACCAUUAAAUGGUCAUUUACCACAACUUUCAGGCCGAGAAUCAGUGAAUAACAAUCUUUUAUCAUCAGGUGAUAUUUCUCAACAUACUUAUGAUUCUUUAUGGAAAUCUCAAGCUGGUAAAGGUGCUGAGUUACGACGACCACUAACAGCUGAUUCGGCUAAAACUUCGAUACUAGAUUCUGAUGAUAAUCAAGAUGAAGGAGAGUCGAAUUAA